AUGGCGGCGGUGAAUCUUGGAGCGUGGCUCUGCGCGCUGCUGGCGGCGGUGGCGGGCGUCCUCCCGGCGGCGGACGCGCUGGGGAUGAACUGGGGCACGCAGGCCACGCACCCGCUCUCGCCCAGGAUCGUCGUGCAGAUGCUCAAGGACAACGGCAUCAAGAAGGUCAAGCUCUUCGACGCCGACCAGGGCACCCUCAACGCGCUCGCCGGCUCCGACAUCGAGGUCAUGGUCGCCAUCCCCAACAACCUGCUCGACCUCAUGAACGACAAGGACAACGCCAGGGACUGGGUGCGCCACAACGUCUCCCGCUACCACUUCGACGGCGGCGUCAACAUCAAGUACGUGGCCGUCGGCAAUGAGCCCUUUUUGGCCUCCUACAACGGCACCUUCGACAAGGUCACCUUCCCGGCGCUGCAGAACAUCCAGAACGCGCUCAACGACGCCGGAUUCAGCGAGAUCAAGGCCACCGUGCCGCUCAACGCCGACGUCUACAACUCGCCCGCCAACAACCAGAUGGUGCAGUUCCUGGCCAACAACAGCGCCCCCUUCACCGUCAACAUCUACCCCUACCUCAGCCUCUACCUCAGCGAGGACUUCCCCGUCGACUUCGCCUUCUUCGACGGCCUCGCCAAGCCGCUGGUCGACGGCGUCAACACUUACACCAACGUGUUCGAUGCCAACUUCGACACGCUGGUGUCGGCGCUCGCCGCCGUCGGCCACGGCGACUUGCCCAUCGUCAUCGGCGAGGUCGGCUGGCCGACCGACGGCGACAAGCACGCCACCAACGCCCUCGCCAAGCGCUUCUACGACGGCCUGCUGCCGCGGCUGGCGGCCAACACCGGCACGCCGCUCCGGCCCAAACAGUACAUGGAGGUCUACCUCUUCGGGCUCCUGGACGAGGACGUCAAGAGCGUGGCGCCGGGCGCGUUCGAGCGGCACUGGGGCGUGCUCCGCUUCGACGGCCAGCCCAAGUUCCCCAUGGACCUCACCGGGAACGGGCAGAACACCAUGCUGGUGCCGGCCAAGGGCGUGCAGUACCUGCCCAAGACGUGGUGCGUGUACAACCCCAACGCCGAGGACAAGAGCAAGCUGGUGGAGAACGUGAACUACGCCUGCACCUUCGCCGACUGCACGGCGCUCGGCAUGGGCUCCAGCUGCUACGGCAUGGACGUGAACGGCAACGCCUCCUACGCCUUCAACAUGUACUUCCAGGUGCAGAACCAAAAGGACGAGGCGUGCGACUUCCAGGCGCUCGCCGUGCCCACGCAGACCGACCCCUCCACCGCCGCCUGCAGCUUCCCCAUACAGAUCGCCGCCGCCUCCUCGACGUCGGGUGGCCACCGGCGAGCGCGCGCCGGGCCGCUCGGCGCCGCCGCUCUGCUCGUGCUGCUGGCUCUGGUCCAGCUCUUGAUGUCGCAUUAG